CUUUGCCAGCAUGAGCCUCGACCAGCUCCCGACCUUUGCCACCGCGGCGAUCGCGACGCAGACAGACGCGACGAAAGGCCGCUUCGUGACGGCCACCAAGAGCUUCGCACCUGGCGACAUUGUGUUCAAGGACGAGGCUUUUGUGUAUGCAACGUGCGACUGCGAAGCGCUGCUCGAGGACGUCACGCAGUUUGCCAAGCUCCUCGACGAGACCGAGAGCCAGCCCGAGUACGCCAAGUCGAUGCGCAAGUCCUUCCAUAAGAUCUUGUUGGCCAUGAUGGACAUGGACAUCAUCGGCGACGUCGACCGCGCCAAGUGCAUUCUCAAGGUCGUCACCAAGUACCUCGAAAGCAAGGCGUCGAUUGCAGCCUUGCUGCAGCUUUCGCACGCCAACAACGAGGCGUGCGAGGCAGCCGCCAAGACGCUCCGGAAGACCUUCCCGAUCGUGUUCCAGUCGGUGCCCUCGCCCGUGCUCACCAAGAUCAUUGGCGUCCUCAACACCAACUCGCACGAGCUCGAGACGCUCGGCGGCACCGGCCUCUUCCUCUCGGCCUGCCUCAUGGAGCACAACUGCGCCCCCAACUGCAGCUUUACGACGGCCGAGACGACGCUGUGGGUGACUGCGAUCCGCGACAUCGCGCCCAACGAGCCGCUCUCGAUCGACUAUGGCAACAUGUUUUACCGGCCGACAGCCGAACGCCAAGCGAGCAUGCAAGACGGCUACGGCUUUGCGUGCCACUGCGAAGCGUGUUCGAGCCAGAUCGAUCGCGCACGCGCGUUCCGCUGCGGCCACUGCCCCCACGGGAUCGUGCACCCGUCGCCAACGGCCGGGUAUGCGUGCCAAAGCUGCCACCAGGUGCUAACGCCAGCCGAAGUCGACGAGGUCUGUCGUCUCGAAGCCGCGCUGCAAGAAAACUUUCCCGAUACGCUGGCGGGCAUUGAAGCGGCGUCGGCCGGCCGCCUCCACCCGCACCACUACCUGCUGUUUUGGGCUCUCGAUGCCCUCGGUCUCCGUGGCGCCCAAGCGCUGGUGCACAAUGUGUCGACGCUGGCGGCCAUGUGGGAUCGCAUCAUCUCAAGCAUGGAGUACGCUGUGCCGGGCGCACACCACGAGAAAACCAUCUACUACGACCAGCUCGCCCAAGUCCGCGUCAUCACCGGCGACAUCGCCGGCGCCAAGGCGGCGUACGCCAAGGCGUACGAGAUCUCGUGCAUUGUGAGCGGUGCGAUGACGCCGCCGACGCUGGCGCUCAAGGACCUUGUCGAGAAUGUGCCGACGACCCGCGACGAGCUCGUCCAGCGGUAUGGCGAAGGCCAUGGUGACGAGAUGGAGUACGACGAGGGUGACGACGACGACGAGGACGACGACGACAUGGAGUAG